AUGCACGUCUGGUUGGAGGAUCUGAAAAUGGUUGAAAGGAAGGUGCUGCUCUUUGGAGCAGUGUAUCAUACAUUUCAAGUAUCAGGAGGCCACGCCCGACGCGCAGCCCAGCGGGUCCCUGCCCAGGUGUGCUUCCCUGCAGCGACACACCGCCCCUUUCCCGGAGCGCGGGAGGACAGCGCGCGUGCCCGGGCCUGGAGGCGCGGGGACGCCCUCCUGCGCGCGCCCCCGCCCACGAACCAACCACCCCGCGCCGCGGGAACGUUGCGCGCUCGCGGCCGGGCCAGGGAGGGCGCCGUGCUCGUCCCCGCGGAACGCCGAGAGCGCGUACGCAGCCUCCCUAAGCCCGGCUCCUCCCCUCCCCCUUCGCUCCGGGUCCGGCUCGCUUGUGUCGCUUGGCGGCGGCUGGGGCUGCUGAGGAGACGCCGCCGGAGCCCGGGCCGCUCUGUGAGGAGGAGCCGCCGCCCCGCACUCCCCGGGAGAGUCAAGAGCCGCCUCCGCUGCCCUCGCCCGGCGACACCCCCUCCCUGGUGCUGCCCGCCCGCCGCCGCCGCGCUGCGGAGAGCGCAGUCUCGUGGGACAACCUUGGGCUCCGCAGGCCGCUUUCGCUGCCCAUCCUGUCGCCAUGAAGUGGUCCUGGACAGGCAUGGUGUCUAUGGCCUGCAGAGGAAUCUACUAGUGGAGAACAUCAUUGAUAUUUACAAACAGGAGUCAGCAAGCUCCAGACCUCUGUUAAAGACAGGACACCCAAGCUGCGAAGAGCAUGAGGAAGAAAAGAUCAACAUCUACUGCAUGACGUGUGGGGUGCCCACCUGCUCCCUCUGCAAGGUCUUCGGGGAGCACAAGGGGUGUGAAGUAGCUCCCCUGUCCGACAUCUACAUGAAACAGAAGUCGGCGCUGACGGAUGGGAUUGGAGUCCUGGUGGCCACCAAUGACAGAAUCCAGGCCUUCAUUGAUAACUUGCAAGGCAUAUGCAGGAACAUUGAGGACAACAGCAAGGCCCAGAAGCAAGCUCUGUGUGAGAAGUUUGACCGCAUGUAUGCCAUCCUGGAGGAGAGGAGGAAGAUCAUGCUGCAGAGGAUCACCUAUGAACAGGAUGAGAAGACCCAGCACCUGAAAUCCCUCACCAGGUCAUACGGUGAACACAUUGAGUCAUCCUCCAAGCUGGUGGAUGCAGCGUUGCAGUCCAUGGAGGAGCUACAGAUGGCCGUCUUUGUGCAGAAUGCCAAAGUUCUCAUACAGAAAAUUUCCGAGGUGACCCAGAGCUGUGAAGUGGAGGCACUGGAGUCUGGUUAUGACAAUAUGGAGCACUAUGCUGUGGAUUUCAAUGCUGAGGAGCGGGUGCUGUAUCAGUUGGACUUCAUUAAAGUUGAUGAGUCUGAAGAAGGGGCAGAGGAAGAAGAGGAAGACGCUGUGUGGGGAGAUGCUGAAGGUGCAGCAGGAGAGUCUGUGGCAGAAGGGCAAGUGGCCAGCGGUGAUGGCAGAGAGGAGACCCUGAACGUCCUUGUGGAUGGAAAGGAAGAGGAGGCCAAGGGAAAAGCCCUGAUGUUGAAGGAGGCUGAGAAUGAGACUGCUGGGGAAGCUGAUGCCAUGGCUAAACUACCUGGUUCAACUCAGGCUGCGGAGUCGGAUGUCCCAGUUAGCGAGGAGGGAGCCGAGAGAGAGCUGGGCACCGCCCAGCAGGAGGAUGCGGCUGGGCCGGACGGGGCUGCUGCAGACUCUCAGGGGGCCGGGGCAGAAGCUGCAGCCUCCAGCAACGCCUGGCAAACGAUCGCCCCCAGUUCUGCCCUCCAAAAUACUCCCCGGGGAAAGGCCCUCGACAGCCCGGCGGAAUCCGCAGCCCAGGGCAGCGGAGCCGUGGAGCCCGAAGAAGCCGCUUGCUUUGGCCCAGCCGAGACGUUCAGCACCUCGGACAGCUCCGCCGGGGCCAGGGAGGAGGUUGGCCCAAGCGAUUGCGGGGCCAGUGCCGCCAGAGGCAGCGCGGAGCGGGGACUGGCUGGGGCAUCUGGCUCCGGGCAGGACUCCUCUGUGGUGGAUAGGAAGAGUGAAGAAACCAGUGAAACUCCAUUUGGGAGUAACUUCAGUCCUGCUCUGUGAUGUCAAGGCAAGGGCCACCUUCCAAGCUCAGUAGCUUAAAACCAACAGAGUUAUAGUGUCUUAAUUCCCUGGUGAAAUUGUCUGAUCUGAAAUCACAUGUCCACCCAUCUGGAUUUUUGUUUGGAAGAAGAGAAGGCAGCUGGACUGGAUCAUGGGAGCAAGUGACCAGUGGCACAGUGCCAGCAGGGGACUGUUAGAAUCUGAACUGUCUACAUUUAGAAUAGCAAAGGCCA